UCUGCUGUAACUGCAGGGUGAGAGAGAGGCGAGAAUGCGCGGUUGGGUCGGGUUGAGCAGAGCGGCGGGAUUUCCGCACGUUUUACCGAACAGAACCGGAUUCUAUAACCCGGGACCGGUUCACACCCUGCUCCGAACCACCCCGACCCCGGCCCGGUACUGCGGGACCGGUACCGAACCGUACCGGGUCAUCCACAACCGGGAGCAGCGCUGUUUCACCGUCAGCCUGCGGUCCGGGGCAGGUGUGGUGGACAGUGCGGUGCUAAAAUACCAAUACAGCACCGACCGACACGUUCACCUACUGUCCACUGCAGUCCCAGAAUCCUUCAGAGGGAAAGGUGUGGCCUCUCACCUGGCAAAGGCUGCGAUGGACUUUGUGGUGGAAGAAGGACUGAAAGCGACCGUCUCCUGUUGGUAUAUUCAAAAAUAUGUGGAGGAGAAUCCAGGGUGUGGAUAUGAAGCUCAUAUAGAAGAUUAGCUUCACUGUAAGAUCAGAUCAGUACAGUACAGUAUGGAUUCAGAUGAACAGUCUGGUUAAUCUGUGGUGUGAAUGUUGGGUUUAAAUCGUCACUUUUAAGCCGUCUGCCGGAGGUACAGACCGGAUGUUGGAUUGUUUUUAGAUGAUCUAAUAAAAGCUGCAUCUGCUGACCAGA